AUGUCUCUUCCACUGCUGUCUAUACCGCCGAGCCAGAAACAGAGCUACAUUGUAGAUCAGCUCGAGGGAGAGCGCAUAACUAUCCCUGGCAGCAAAGGCGCGUUCCGCAUCUUGGCUUCUUCAAAACAGACAGACGGCGGCAUCGCCGUAUUCUCCAGCGGCGCUGUAAUCUCAGACGCUCCUGGUUUCCACUGGCAUGACGAGGCCCACGACGUCUUUCUCGUCACAAAGGGUUUCCUCAAGCUAUGGAACGGAGACAAGUGCAAAAUACUAGGACCAGGAGAUUUCGCCUAUAUUCCUCCUAAAUUCAUCCACAAUCCCCAGCUUCUGGGGCCGCAUACGGAGACGCUCGGUCUAAUCGCACCAGGCGACUGGGUCGACUUUUUUCGUUACGUCAGCGAGACCUACUCUGGCAUCAUCGUGCCCGAGGACGAUAGCCGGGACUUGAAAAGCCUGCUGAUCCCCAAGGUCAUGGCUGCCAAGGACAAGUUUGACGUACAUUUUGCCAGGGACCACGAUCCUGCAGAAGUGUCGGACUGGGACGGCACAGAGUGCGUCCUGCCGGGCCCUCUGGAACCUUACUACCUCCGUGGCAAUACGGGCCCAAGAUGGAUGCUCGGCGCCGUCAUGUCACGGCCUUUUAUCCACGCCUCGCAGUGCAGCGGCAAGUUUGCCAUUUCGAGCAUCGAGUCCUCAAAGCUCUACGACGGCUCUCUGAAUCCCUUUUCGCAGCGGGUGACGUUUGAAAAAGUCGCCCAUUGUUUUGUCGUCAUGGAGGGUGUCCUCGGCGUCAAGCUGUACGAGACCGACAAUGGCGGCGAGGACGCAUGGAGUGAAGUCCGCGAGGGUCAGACUGUGGUGAUUCCCGCGGGCCAGACUUUCUCGCUCUGCUUUAAAGCACGCUAUGUGCGCGCCAUUUCCUUCACAAAUGGCACUGGAGUUGAAGAGAUCAUUCGGAGGGCUGGGACGCCAUACCAAGGCUUCGUGCUUCCGGAGCAGGCUCAAGAGUGGAACGAUGCAAAAUUCCGAGAUGGUUGCAGCAGCGCUGUGGCAAGACUUGGCUAG